AUGCAGAGGCAAGAUCUGAAAACUGAUCAACCGUCCUCUUGGCACGUUCAAACUAGUCCUCCCCUUUCAACAAGCAUAGGCCCAAGCAGUGGCCAGGACUUGGACAGCCGGAGACGAAACCCACUGGCAUGCGAAACAUGUUACAAAAGGAAGAUCAAAUGUGAAGUUGAAGGGUCUAAUACCGCUUGCAUUCAAUGUAUACGUCGCAAUAUAACCUGCAAAUUCACUACAAGGAAGGAAAAGAGGGAAGCACUCAAAAGGACCCAAUAUGUAAGAACGUUAGAAGAACGAGUCAGGAGAACAGAGUCGCUGCUUAGAGCUGCUGGCCUGUUAGAUGAAGAGUUCUCACUUCAGGAUGAGUAUCCGAUUGAGGACGGAGAUGAUCCCGACCAAAAUAUGGAGUCAGAUGACGAUCUCAUUUCUCCCUAUUUCAGUCCCCGUGGUGGCGCCAGCAGGCGCAACUCUGGACUGUCGGCUUCGGAUGUUCCAAGCGCUAGGGUAGACGCACAAGCUCAGACUACCAAUGAGAUGCGCAAGGUACAUGCUACCCCGGACUCUCCCAAGGGCGGACCUCGUGCAGUCCUCAAAUCUGACCAGCCCCAUGCCCCUCUCUUCGUUAUGGACAAUAGAGAGGAAUAUAGAUACUUUGGACGAUCAUCAUCAAUGUCUAUUCUGUCCCGAGAAGGACUUGAAUGGAUCAAGAGGAGAACCGGUGAGACUAAACUUGUGAGUGUUGUAUUUUCCGACUCCACUCGAGAUAGCCCUUGGAACUAUUGGCGACCGGACGUCUUUCAUGAUAUCUUCACCUCUGAAGUUUUCAAGCCAUUGCCUCCUCGAGCAGAGGUGUUCGCUUUAUUGCGCGAUUACUUUCGUACAGUGAACCGGUUGUUCCCGUUGUAUCAUGAAGCAACGUUCAUGCAGCUGGUUGAAUGGCAGUAUACGCAGCAGACUUGUGAUGAUGCCGCGCGAUGGGCUAGCAUCAACAUCCUCCUGUCGCUGGCCUAUGAGUAUCGAUUCUCCAAUUGUCAGAAAUCCGAGAAAGAUAGAGAGAGAGCGUGGCUUUAUUACAAGAAUGCCAUGUCAGUCUUCGUAGAGCUGUCAUUGAGGAGGACCGACCUCCUUAGCAUACAGGCUCUUUUGGGCAUGGCUCUUUUUCUCCGCGGAAAUUCUGGAACACAGUCGUCCUUGCCAAUCAUAACAGCAGCCUUACAAGCCUGUCAUCGCAUGGGACUACACCGCAACAUUGCGAGGCCUCAUCUUUCUCCUGCUGAGCAGGAGCAAAGGCGCAGAGUGUUUUGGGUGGCUUAUAUACUUGACCAAAGUACAUGUAUACGCGCGGGAAGCAGCCCCAUCCAGAAUUAUGAGGACUUCGACGUGGACUUCCCGGCCGAUAACACGGGGGAUGCAUUCGUGAAGUCCACACAUGAUUCUUUCUUCCGUCAACUGUGUAAAAUAACAGUGAUCAAGAGUCGGAUGUACAGCAAACUCUACUCUACGAAGGCUCUAGAACACAAGUCUCCUGCGGUAAUCUUCCAGGAUAUUCGAGAAUUACAUGCAGAACUUGAGGAAUGGAAGGAUGCCAAUCCUUUCGAUUGUCAACUAAAAAAGAGAGGAUCAGGUCAAGACUUUUUGCUCGGAUUCGCCUCCGCUGGUUUACAAUUUGCCUAUUACAAUACCAUGCUCAUGAUUCAUCGUCUUCCAGUCCUACUUCAUUUCGCGUCAAUGAAUCACAUUGCACAAGGACAUCCUGUUCCAGAUCAUUACAGCUUGAUUUUGAGCGAAGCUACGGCCUCUUCGGAGAUCUGCUUACAAGCUGCCCGUGACACCUUGAAACUGAUCAACAACCUUCCCUGGGGCGACAUCGCAUGGAUUUGGUCUCUUCUGUAUUAUGUGUUUCUUGCAGUAAUGAACAUCUUUGUCAACAUCUUGAAGAACCCUCAGCACCCUAAAGCCAAAGAAGACCUUCAAUCCCUCACCAUGGCUGCGACUUUCUUUGCGACACUCAUUCCUGGCGAUGGACCUGGUCACUAUGCUCGAUUCAUGACCAAGAUGAGUGCCAACUUUGAGCGACUCGCUCGCAAUCUUCUCGAGCGAGAUCAGAAAGUGGUUAAGCCCGGCGACAUGAAAAGCAGUUCUUCUAAACGCGAGAACCCUACGGGAUCCACGACCCCGCUGGAUCACACUUCUCACUCUCUCCUCCGAGAAACUGGCCUGGGCCCUCAAUCGAAAACCAGAUUGCGGAUAUCUACUUCAUCAUCCUUCUCCGUCACCCACAAUAUUACACAUCAUAUACCUCCCAACAUCGAAGGCCUCCCUCAAAUCAACUCAUCAGGCUAUGUUGUUCCCGAUAAUUUCAGUCCGGUCCUCGAACAUGAAACGUCGGCAACCCCUGCACCUCAUCCUCUUCCAGCAACAUACUCCCUACCGCCACAAGCACAACCUCAGAGUCGAACUGCCCCGCAAACUCCCCUGCAACCUACCGAGACCUCCUCUCAACAGCCACCUUUCGAUCUAAGCAGCUUGGAUACCGGCUUCUUUCCCGUCUCUGUGAACAGCGACCAUUUUAAUUUCGGCCAGCCAGGUCUAUGGCAAAUCCCUUUGACAGCUGACUGGGAAUUGUCGCCUCAAGCCCUGGACGGCAUUUUUGGCCUCGACCUGGGUUAUUCCGUCCCAGAAGCAGCGCAACCGCCCACGAUGAUUGGCCUCAAUAGCAUGGGGAAUCUGGGCGCGCAGCCGCCGUCACAUUUCCAACAACCGAACCCCGGUGAGCAGCAGCAGCAGCAGCAGCAGCAGCAGCAGGCUCUGGGCCCGACACCACCGGAUCUGGGACUGCCGUAUAGUUCCCAUACCGUGCCGCCACCGAGAAAUGGGCGUCAAGAACAGGGCGCCACACCUAAUGCAGCAGCAGAACAAGCCAUGCAGGCGAAUGCGAUCUGGACGAAUGGCCCGUUUUCCGGACCAUUUCCAUUUCUCAUGUAA